CGCAAGAGCCGAGCAGCUAGCUGGACCUGGGUCGCCAUGGUCUCGGACGAAGAUGAAUUGAAUCUUCUAGUCAUCGUAGUUGAUACCAACCCAAUUUGGUGGGGAAAACAAGCAUUAAAGGAAUCUCAGUUUACCUUAUCAAAAUGCAUAGAUGCUGUAAUGGUGCUGGGAAAUUCUCAUUUAUUCAUGAAUCGUUCCAACAAGCUUGCCGUGAUAGCAAGUCAUAUUCAAGAAAGUCGAUUCUUGUAUCCUGGGAAGAAUGGCAGGCUGGGAGAUUUCUUUGGAGACCCUGGCAACCCUCCUGAAUUGAACCCCUCAGGAAGUAAAGACGGGAAAUAUGAGCUGUUAACAGCAGCAAAUGAAGUUAUUGCUGAAGAAAUUAAAGAUCUAAUGACCAAGGGUGACAUAAAGGGCCAGCACACAGAAACCCUGCUGGCUGGGUCCCUCGCCAAAGCGCUCUGCUACAUUCAUAGAAUGAAUAAGGAGGUUAAAGAUAAUCAAGAAAUGAAGUCAAGAAUACUGGUGAUUAAGGCGGCAGAGGACAGUGCACUGCAGUAUAUGAACUUCAUGAAUGUCAUCUUUGCAGCACAGAAACAGAAUAUUUUGAUCGAUGCCUGUGUUUUAGACUCUGACUCAGGACUCCUCCAGCAGGCUUGUGACAUCACAGGGGGUCUGUACUUGAAGGUGCCUCAGAUGCCCUCCCUCCUGCAGUAUUUACUGUGGGUUUUUCUUCCUGAUCAAGAUCAGAGAUCUCAGUUAAUUCUCCCACCCCCAAUUCACGUUGACUACCGGGCAGCCUGCUUCUGCCAUCGCAACCUCAUUGAGAUCGGCUAUGUCUGCUCUGUGUGCUUAUCAAUUUUCUGCAGUUUCAGCCCUAUCUGCACUACUUGCGAGACAGCCUUUAAGAUAUCUCUGCCUCCCAUACUGAAGGCCAAGAAAAAGAAACUGAAAGCGUCUACGUGAUAAUGGUUGUUUUCUCUCUCAGCACUAUUAAUACAGGUGUGAUGAUGCAAGCUGGGUUGGGAAGGUCUUGAAAAAAAAAUAUAGGCGUGUGAGCUGAUUUGUAGUGAAGAGCCUAAACACCAUCCCCAUUCUGUGCUUGGGGGCCCUGAUUGACUUGAGUUGGUCAUUCUAGGCAUACGUACCCUCAAUCUUUUCUGACUGGUUUUUAUCCAGAAAGGGGGAAGAAAGCAAAAACUUGAGACAUUCUUGUAAUGGGGUGAUCUUUUGAAAAAUCAGUCUGUCCUGACUGACUGUAGACUUUAGAACCAGUGACCCAAAGUCUACGUUCUUACUGUGAAACAUACAACAUGUGAAAUUUAAACACAGUUUUGGGAAAAGUGACUGUGAAGUGAUCGGUACAUCAAGAUAGAACAUCUUACUUGAAUUAACAGUUAACUUCAACAAUAAACAUAUAAAUAAAAAUCC